AUGAGGAUAGAGGGGAGUGUGGAUACGCAGCAGCAAAUUGCUGCUGCGGUGCAUGCAGCAGUCGUUGCUGCUGCAGCAGCAGCACAAACAACAGCAGCAACAGCAACAGCAACAGCAGCAGCAGCAGCAGCAGCAGCAGCAGCAAUGAGGAUCCGUGGCGGCUGCUGCCUCCUCCUCGUGCUGCUGCUGCUGCUGCUGCUGCAGCAGCAGCAGCAGCAGCAGCAGACACAGAAGAAGAAGAUGCUCAUGAUGACGAUCUACACAACUGCUGCAACACAAACGAAUACCAGCAGCAGCAGCAGCAGCAACAGCAGCAGCAGCAGCAGCAUUCUGGUGCAACAACAACAACAGAAGCAACCUUCCGCAGCAAGACACCGCAGCACGCAGCAGCAGCAGCAGCAGCAGCAGCAGCAGCAGCAGCGAACAGCAGCAGCAGCAGCAAUGGGAGUAGCAGCAGCAAUAGCAGCAGCAGCAGCAGCAGUGGGAGUAGUGGUAAUAACUGCAGCAGCAGCAGCAGCAGCAGCAGCAGCAGUAUUGGGAGUAGUGUUGUGGGGGACGCAGCAGACGCAGCAGCAGCACUCUGCUGCAGCACCAGCAGCAGCAGCAGCAGCAGCAGCAGCAGCAGCAGCAGCAGUGGGGGCGGGGGCCGCAGCAAGGGGAGAGAAGGAGAAGCAGAGAUGCAGCAGAGAUAUUAUGAUGAGGAAGAAGAACAUUUCUAUAGGCUGCAGCAGCAGCAGCAGCAGCAGCAGCAGCAGCAGCAGCAGCAGCCAGCAAGACACGCCUUGGGAUGGUGACGUUGCGCCUGGUGCUGCAGCAGCAGCAGCAGCAGCAGCAGGACCAGCAGCAGCAGGAUCUGCGUCAACAACAACAACAGCAGCAACAGCAGAAACAGCAACAGCAACAACAGCAGCAGCAGCAGCAGCAGCAGGUGACGUUGCGCCUGGUGCUGCUGCAGCAGCAGCAGCAGCAGCAGGACCAGCAGCAGCAGGAUCUGCGGCAACAACAACAACAGCAGCAACAGCAGAAACAGCAACAGCAACAACAGCAGCAGCAGCAGCAGCAGCAGAAGAAGAAGAAGGGGAGACAUGCACCCCUAUAUCUCUGUCUGCUGUGCUGCAGCAUCUGCUGCUGUCUCUCUCCUCUCCCUCCUCUCAGGAGCUGCUGCUGCGGCUGCUCGGCAGCAACAGUGCAUGCGUGGCCCCUGCGGCGUUCUUCUGCUGCAGGCAUCCGGGGGAGCCUCCCCCCUUGUCUUGGCAGCAGCCGCAUGCAGCAGCGGGAGCAGCAGCAGCUGUGCUGCAGCAGCAGCAGCAGCGGCGAAAGCGGCGGCAGCUGUUCUGUCUCCCCUCCACGUUUGCUGCUGCUGCUGAUGCUUCUGGGUGUCGUCCUGUGUGCAUUCCCUCUGAGCCUAGCAAUGCCAGCAUGCUGAUGCUUCUGGGUGUCGUCCUGUGUGCAUUCCCUCUGAGCCUAGCAAUGCCAGCAAGGCAGCGCUAUAGAGCAGCAGCAGCAGCAGCAGCAGCAGCAACAGCAGCAGCAGCAGCAGCAGCAGCAGCAACAGUUGUAUGGGUCUCCUCCAGCUGA